AUGGCUCAGAACGAACCCAUCGUUUUUCUGAACGGUGAACUGAUCCCCGAGUCCCAGGCCGGGAUUCCGAUACGGGACCGUGGCUUCAUUUACGGGGACGCAGUGUUCGAUGCCGCCCGCACCUUCAACGGUGUUCCGUUCAAGCUCACGGAGCACGUUAAGCGUCUAUUCGACUCCCUGCGAUAUGUCCGGAUUGAUCCGGGCAUCGACACGGUUGAAAUGGAGCACUGGUCGCGCCAGGUGGUGGAACACAACUACCCGCUGCUGCCAUCCGGGCAGGAUAUUCCGCGAGCCAAGACCCACAAUUACCUGAAUCUCGUGCUGGGCGACCUUGAGGCGCAGGGUACCGAUCCAGGUUCCUGGGCCGUGCUGCUGGAUGAGGCCGGCAACCUGACUGAGGGACGCGGUUCCAACAUCUUCCUGGUCAAGGACGGCACCGUGGCCACUCCCAAGGGGCAGUAUGUACUGGAAGGCAUCACCCGCAGCACAGUGUUGGACCUCGCCGAUGGCUUGGGUAUGGAAACAUCCGAAUGCGACCUGGACCUGUUUGACGCCUACACAGCUGACGAGGCCUUCCUGACGUCCACCAGUUUGUGCAUUUGCCCGGUCUCGGCAAUCAACGGCACGGCCAUUGGCGACGGGCGUCCUCCAGGCGCCGUCACCCGCAACCUGAUGCGGGCCUUCAGCGACCUGGCGGGAAUGGACUUCGAAGAACAGUACCUGGCUCAUUUGUAG